GGAUACUGGUCACUGGAUAGAGACUGUCACCGAGUCCAGCCGGCCCCGCAUCUUCUAUAAAAGGAAUCAGAUCACGUUGCCUAAGAUCCCGGCCUUUACCACUACCUCUACGAGCUCCCUCCAAACCACCGUCGUCCUCUUUCUUCGAACCCUCAGAUAGUCAGAAUCCAAAUUUCCCUGCAGCUACCAGGCCGGCCAUGGCGAAGCCUCACGUAUCUAUGAAGGUCGGGAGCGACGGCGUGGCGGUGAUCGCCAUCUUCAAUCCUCCAGUUAAUGCUUUAGCUAUUCCAAUAUUCACAGGAUUAAAGGAGAAGUUCGCCGAGGCCACCCGAAGAAACGACGUCAAGGCUAUCGUUCUAACUGGCAAGGGUGGCAGAUUUUCUGGCGGGUUUGACAUCAAUGUGUUCCAGAAGGUUCAUGUUACUGGGGAUGUUUCGGUUAUGCCUGAUGUUUCUGUUGAUCUCGUAGUCAACACCAUUGAAGAUUGCAAGAAACCUGUCGUUGCUGCUAUGGAAGGAUUGGCAUUGGGAGGAGGCUUAGAACUAGCGCUGGGAUCUCAUGCACGUAUUGCUGCACCAAGAACUCAACUUGGCUUGCCAGAAUUGACACUUGGCGUGAUACCUGGUUCUGGAGGUACACAGCGACUCCCAAGGCUUGUAGGGCUGCCAAAGGCCAUUGAGAUGAUGCUACUAUCCAAGCCCAUCCUGUCUGAAGAGGGAAAGAAGCUUGGUCUUAUUGAUGCUCUUGUCUCUUCUCAAGAUUUGCUGAAAGUAUCACGAGAAUGGGCUCUAGACAUUGCUGACAGGCGCAAACCUUGGGUUCGUUCACUUCAUAAGACUGACAAGAUUGGUUCGCUCUAUGAGGCCCGUGAGGUACUGAAAGCUGCUAGGCUGCAAGCCAAGAAGACCGCCCCAAAUAUGCCGCAGCAUCUGGGAUGCCUUGAUGUGAUUGAGGAUGGCAUUAUUCAUGGAGGCUACAGUGGGGUUCUGACGGAGGCAAAAGUAUUCAACGAGUUGGUCUUAUCAGAGACUUCAAAGGGUCUAGUUAAUGUGUUCUUUGGCCAGCGUGCUACAUCAAAGGUGCCUGGUGUGACUGAUGUUGGCCUUAAACCUAGACAGAUCAAGAAAGUGGCUGUUAUAGGUGGAGGCCUAAUGGGUUCUGGGAUAGCUACUGCCCUCAUUACAAGCAAUAUAUAUGUUGUUCUUAAAGAAGUAAACUCUGAGUAUCUUCUCAAAGGGGUAAAAACAAUAGAAGGAAAUAUUCGGAACUUGGAGACAAGAGGAAAGUUGACGAAGGAUAAAGCUAAAAAAGCUAUCUCAAUGCUUGAAGGUGCUUUGGACUAUUCGGACUUCAAUAGUGUGGACAUGGUCAUAGAGGCAGUUAUUGAAAAUAUUCCCUUGAAACAAAAAAUAUUUGGUGAACUUGAAAAGGUUUGUCCUGGUCACUGCAUUUUGGCAACUAACACAUCCACCAUCGACCUGAGUGUGAUUGGAGAGAAGACUAACUCACAGGAUCGCAUCAUAGGUGCACACUUUUUCAGCCCUGCUCAUAUAAUGCCUCUCCUGGAGAUAGUGAGGACGAACAAAACCUCAGCACAAGCAAUUCUUGAUCUUAUGAUAGUUGGGAAGGCUAUAAAGAAAGUACCCGUUGUCGUGGGUAACUGCACUGGUUUUGCAGUCAAUCGUACCUUUUUCCCCUACUCACAGAGCGCCCAUAUACUAGCCCAUGUAGGCGUGGACGUCUUCAGAAUCGACAGAGUCAUCAGCAGCUUCGGCCUCCCUAUUGGCCCAUUCCAGCUCCAGGAUUUAGCUGGAUAUGGAGUAGCUUUGGCUGUCAGCAAAGAAUUUCGCGGUGCAUUCCCUGAUCGCACAUUUAAGUCACCCCUGGUUGAUCUCUUGAUUAAGAAUGGACGAAAUGGCAAGAACAAUGGAAGGGGAUACUACAUUUACGAGAAGGGAAGCAAGCCAAAACCUGAUCCUUCAGUACUACCCAUCAUCGAGGAGUCGAGGCGUAUUGCCAAUAUGAUGCCCAAUGGAAAGAUAAUCAAUGUUACUGAUCAGGAUAUCCUGGAGAUGAUCAUGUUCCCGGUGGUGAACGAGGCAUGCCGUGUACUUGACGAGGGCAUGGUGGUUCGAGCGUCAGACCUCGAUAUAGCAUCUGUGCUCGGGAUGAGCUUCCCGUCUUAUCGUGGUGGUAUCGUCUUCUGGGCGGACUUGGUCGGGGCGAAACACAUAUAUGAAAGGCUAACGAGGUGGUCGGAGUUGUACGGUGGGUUCUUCAAGCCAUCGAGCUACUUGGAAGUGCGUGCAGCAAGGGGAGUCCCAUUGAGUGCUCCUGCUUCGUCUCUCUCUUCUUCAUCAAGGUCUCGGCUGUAGACAACAAGGCCUCUUGUUUCCGUCACCAGCAAGUCAAAUCACAAAUGUAAUAAAAUGUCUGGAAAAUGUGUCUGAGAUUUUCGUAUCCCAGCAAUAAAGGGUAGAUCAUAGGGUUUAUAAACCUCUGGAAAUUUCAUAUUUUGCACAUCAGCGAUUACUCGUAGUGUUAUCAUCGAUUAUAACAAACGUUUAUGUUUGCUCUCUAUCUCACUUCAUAUCUUUUGGUAGUUCAUACGAACGUCACUUUCCUUCUUUAGGAAGACCGUAUGUACUACCAUCCGGGAAUGGAUCAGGUCAGUAACCUUAUGGUGAGUAACCAUGAGUAACCCGUCCACAUCAGUAUGACAUCACCAUCCUCUCUCUCCUGUAAAGCCUUUAAUUUUCCCCUCUUUAAUUUUUGACGGACAAUUUCUCACUCA